ACACUCUUGUUUAACCUUUUUAUUUGUUGCUCCAAAUUUCCUUAAAAUUUUGUAUUUUGAAAGAAAUAAAUAUACAAGCAACAUAAUAGUUUUUUAUUUAUUUAUUUGUAUUUUAAUAGAAUCUGCAUCCUACAUAUACAAAUAAUCUAUAUGCAUGAGUAUCUUUCUGGGUUGUAAGUUCUAAACGAGGUUAAUUGAGAGACACGAAGAAGUUGUUCACUCAGUAUUUCUUACCCGUUAACAAAUUUUCGCAUGUUCAAGUUCAACCCAACGCGUUUUGAAUUGGUGGCAACACUAUUUCAAGGGUGAUAAAAUUGAUUUUGUCACUGAUUGCUUUGGUUGAAGAUCUGCGAAGGUGUGUGACUGUGUGGUUCAUCAUCUUUUCUCUGCAUUCUCAGGUGCCCUUUUUUAGUUAGGAUCGUCAAAUUUCGUUAUCAGCAUGGAAUUUCAAAAUUUUGAUCCAAGACACACUGGGGAGUUAUUGAAGCACAUGGAUAGACAGAAUGAGGUCCUUAUGGAAGCAUAUAGAUCGAUGUUGCAUGAAUUACAGAAACUUCAGAUUGAAGAAGAAAUGCUUAUGCGCAAGAUGUAUGAAGUUACGUCAGCUCAUGGUCUCGCUUCAGAGAAUGAUAGCAAUCCUCCUAAUUAUGAUUAUAAUAGUGGAGCUGAACACACCAAGAAGGAAACGAAUGAAGCGAAUGAAGAACAUGUAAUACGUGAAGGUGCUCCAGGGGCAAUUAAGGAACCUAAACAUGGGGAGGAUGUUACGGUUAGUGGGUCUGUACACGUGGCAAGCGAUCCAAAUGAUGCGGGAAUCAGGAAAAGCACGAGGGAAAGAAUAACAAACUCGCGUUUGAAGGAAUUCGUGUGUAACAAUUAAAUAUAUAAACUAAGGAUAUGAUGAAAAGAAGGGGGGGUGAAUGAUGCUAAUUUCUCUCUCUAUUCUGUUUCUGUGAGUUUUCUUAUAGCUAUCGUCGUGUAGCUUCUUCCUUGUUUCGUUACGCAUUAUUGCUAUCAUAAUACACAUAGA